AUGAAUAGCUUGGAUGCAACAGAGCACUAUGAAACAAGUGCAAAUGAUCCGGCUCCGUCUCUCCUCACCGUCGUCAUCGAUACAAAUCCCCACGCCUGGACGCUCCUCGAAGACUCCCUCCCACUGUCCAAAGCUAUAGCAAACAUUCUGGUUUUUAUUAAUGCCCACCUCGCCUGCAACUACGCCAAUGAGGUCGCCGUGGUUGCUUCCCACAGCCAAAAAGCAACUUGGCUUUACCCAUGCGAACAACAUCCCGGCAGCAAAUCCUCCACGGACCAGGAUGGCGACGUCGCCAUGAAUGGUCCAGACCAUUCGCCUGCCCAGGUAAAUAAGUACCGUCCGUUUCGGAUCGUCGAGGAACAGGUCACGCGCAACCUCCGACACCUCAUGGAAUCCACCGCUGCCUCGGAUAUCCAGGCCACAACCUCCACCAUGAUGGCGGGCGCCCUGACGCUUGCGCUGAGUCAUAUUAAUCGGAGAACAAUCGCCUGGGCAGAAGCUCAUGGAGCGGAUACUGCAGCGGGCGCAACAGCAACCGGCGUGGCCCCGAGCGGAUCGCGAUCUGCUGCCGAGAACGGCAAUGAAGGUUUACAGUCGCGGAUCUUGAUCGUCUCAGUCAGCAGCUCGACCGACUCGGCCCAUCAGUACAUCCCUAUCAUGAAUGGCAUUUUCGCUUGCCAGCGCCUUCACAUCCCCAUCGACGUCUGUAAACUGAGCGGCGAUGCCGUCUUUUUACAACAGGCCUCAGACGCCACUCGAGGAAUCUACAUGUCCUUGACAGAACCCCGUGGUCUAUUACAAUACUUGAUGAUGGCUUUUCUUCCUGACCAGCGAUCUCGGAGACAUAUGGUUCUCCCCACGCGUGUUGAUGUGGACUUUCGUGCUGCUUGCUUCUGCCACCGCCGCGUCGUCGACGUUGGUUUCGUCUGCUCCAUUUGCCUUAGCAUCUUUUGUGAGCCCCCGGCAAAUGGAGACUGUCUGACUUGCGGGACCCAUCUCGAGAUGGGUGAUUAUGGGGCAAAGCCAGCUGUCGUGGCUCGAAAGAAAAAGAAGAAGAAGGCUCGUCCUAACGGCGCUUCUGGCACAGCUACGCCUAUGUCUACCCCUACUCCAGGCCCUUGA